CACCCGCCCGCCGCCAGACCCAGACCAGACACAACAACGGCUGACGGCUGCCCCGACGCCCCGCCCCGCCCCGCCCUGUGCGUCCCCCUCCUCGCGGCGCCCCGACGCCCUCACCCCCAGAGGCUGCCACCUGACACAGCUGGGAGGAUGAGCAAUAAUACUGAGAAGCAGGAUGGAUUACCAGAAAUAUAUCUAAGUCCUUCAUACCACCCUGGCCAAGGGCAUGGAGCUCAUACAUCUAGUGACACGGAACCCAAUGCCUGGGAGGACACGGACAGUGAAGCAUGGACUCCCCUGGUCCCUGUACUUACCCUGGGCUCAGCGUCUGGUGCUGCCUCUGCCCUUGGUCUGAGGGAAGAGAUAGAGGGAGGAUCAUCCCUGGACAUUCCUCUUGGUAGGACUAAUCAAGAACAGGAGAUGGAUGGUAACUCAGAAGGACCUCAGAAUGCAGAAGCACUUGCUACACAACCAGAGGAGUGUGAGGACAAGUCAUUGUUGGCAAGUGGAAGAGGCCAGGUGCCAAGGCAGCGAGGGGAAACUCCCGGCUCUGAUUGCCCUCCUGUGGCUAGCAUUACUGCCUUUGUCCGGAGACUUGGCCAACCCCUAAACCUAGACACUGAGAGCCUGACAGUUCGUAGCAGUGAACUGAUUUUCUCCCCUGGAGGAGAUCAGGGAUUCAUAGUGCCACGGGGUGUUCAUGCAUAUUAUGGCAGCGGCUCUGACACAGAAACUCUUGAGUGGCCAGAUGGAGGAGGAGGCCCGGCCUUAGUGCCUGUCCGUGAUGCGGUGGAGGGAGCUGAUGCUGUUCCGUCCCCAGAUCAAGCGAUGGGGAGCAGUGUGGAAGGCUUGGAACGCAAUUCUCCAGCUGGCUUGAGUACUCCAGAUGCAGAAAUAGAUUUGUCAGUCACCGCAGGAAGGACAUUAGUCACCAAGGAGCCCCAAGUAGCCAUCCGACCUCCUGCAGUGGGUCAGAGUGAGGAGGUGUUGAUGCAGUCUUCUCGCAAAGAUUUAGGAUCCACCGAUGGAGAAGAGUCUGAGGAGGAGAGCAGGAAGAGAGUACCUCAGGAGGCUGUAACUGGUGUUUUAGGCAGUGCUGAGACCCACUUGGGGUCCCUUGGCAGUCAGUCAGAGAACACAGACAGCGUGAGUACUGUACUGGACAUGAAGCGGGGGGAGGUGCAGGGCUGUGAAAGAGACUGUGCCUCUAACACUGCCACAGCCUCCCCUGUCUUGGGAGGGGAAGCCAUCCUCACACAGCCCAAGCCAGCAUUUGUUGUGGGGGGUCUCAUCAGUCCCCGGGGAAAGCUGAGACAGUUCCAGGAUGCCGUGCGGGACAGGAUGCAGAAUGUAAAGGCCUCCCUGGAUAUGGGUUCAGGCAGCACUGAUGAGCCGGUGGACCGCCAGCACUACCUCAACCAACUGCCACUUUACCCGCCUUUGAUUCCUACCAAUGAGCCUGAAAUAUCACUGGCGUCCCUAGUCUCCAUGGAGUCCACAAAUCCUCCAGAAUCUUCUGACAGAGUCACCUCCCCCUCAGUGCUCUCAGUCUCCAGUGUGGCCUCCAGCAAGAGGAUGGAAUGGGACUCUGGGGCAGAUGUUGGCUAUUUAGGGACAAAUACUCAUGUGACUCCCGCUGCUUCCCUCAGCACCUUAGAGAGGAUAGCACUUGGCAGUUAUGCAUCUGUACUCAGGACAGAGCCAGAGGGUACAACCCAGGCCAAGGAAAAGCAGAAGGCCUCAAAAAAAGGAGGGAAGCCAGUGAGCACAAAGGGAGGUAAUCAAGGAGCUGUUGGAUGGAAUUCUGCUGAGCCUUCAGUUCCCUUCCCCUUGUACUCAGCCAGAGCUCAUCAGAACAGGGAGAAGGUCUGUUGGUCAUCCAGUGAAGAAGAUUUACAGAACAAACUGUCCAGCCCAGCACAAAGCCCCCGGCGGCGGUUGCGGCGUAGGCCACUGGCGGCCAGUCCCAGGGAUGGAGAUUUUUCUGCUAGGAGGUCCGCCAGGGCAAUGCACUUCUUAGACCGGAGACUGAGAGAAAUUACACAAGAACGUCACAGUGAAGGCAAGUCCAGCAGUCUCGUUGAACUGGCCACACCGGCUGCUAGUUCCUGCCAGUACCGAAGAAGCAACAGCCAGCAGUCUCUACACGUGGCCCCAUCACAGGCCAGGUCCAGUGUUGCAGCAGAAAGAGACACAGCAGGAGCAGGAGCGGGAGCUAUAGUAACACUGAACAAGAAAGGAGAGCAGCUGGGGGUGAACACUUCAACCAGCACCAGCACCUUAGUCCAGAGCAUGUCACCCCUUCCUGUAGCGGGCACUGGCACCAGCACCAGCACUGUCACACCGGGAGCCUUUCAGCAGAUUGGGGGCAAAGAGGGACAUGUGUCUAUUACAGGUGACUCCAGGUGUAGCUCCAUAUCCUCCCUCACAAUGCAUGACAGAGAAUGUUCCCGACACCAGCAGGGAAGGCCAUCAUGGACAUCAAGUGGGAAUGACAUCAGCUCCCGCUCUGAGGGAAGCUCCCCUGCAUGGCUUCCCUCUCACACUGACACUGAGAGUCUGACUUCUCGCCCCCUCUCAACGGCCGAGCCCGGUGAUCUCAAGGCUCGGAAAAAUAGUGAAAAUGCAAAGAAUCAUGACAAUAUUGUGAGAAGAGGGAGCAGCAGUGAUCUUGAGGUGAGGGGGGCAAGGGGAGACAGCAGCUCAUCCAGUCCAGGGCAUGUGGCAGACCCUCCGAGUGGUGCCCUGGAUGCUGAGUCAACGCUAGAGAAUCAGGUGUCCCUUCAGUCCUUCAACAAUGCCCUCCAUGCCCUGUCAGUCAAGCUUCAGGAGCAUAUUCAGGCACUCUUAGACAAUGGGUCCCUGAAGAAGGUGCAAGACUAUAAUAAGCUGCAAGACUAUGUUCGGUUUGUUGGGAUUCCGUCCGUUACAGAAGAGGAAUGCCGGCUGAGGCAGGGCGUGGCGGGGGUCAUCACCCGCAUGUUUGGAGAGAUUGCCUUUGACCAUCCCCAGGUCACCACCGACACCUCCAACACCUUCACCUCGGAGACUUCAGACUCUCAUGGCGGAGACCAGCGCCUCCACACGCCAGUCACCUGUGAGGACCUGGAUGUCCCUAUCCCUUGGUGUGACUCAGGUGGGGAAAAGGAUGAGCAGGAGGAUGAUGGAAGAGAGAAAGAACAGCAGGACAGCAGGAAGAAACAAGAAGAGCAACCUUGCAUCAGGGAGCAGGAGCAGCAGGGGGAUGGGAAAGAGCAGGAUAAAGCAGUUGUUGAGCAGGAUCGCUGUACAACCCCGGGUGGUACAGUGGUGGUGGUGCCUUACCGGCCCCCCUCUGCCUCACGCACUUAUUUCAUGGCUGUUUCGCACGAGUGGGAGGGAGGCCUGGUGGAGGGAGAGCGUGUUCAGACUGCCAGUGAUGUGAGUGUGUCCCGAGGCCAGGCAGAGGGGGAGAGGCUGGAAGGGAUGGGAGGCAUGCCUCUCAAACCAAGACUUAAUGACACACCCUCUGAGAGUGGCUCCAAUAAUGAGGACUCUGCAAAAAUGGUGAGUGUAGAUGGAACCACUCUGCGGGAAGGAGAUGAAGAGGCACUUCCUAGCUUGCCAAGUGACUACCAGUACCUUGAACGGAGACAAGGCACUGGUACUCCCCAAUCCGAGUCCUCCCAAGGCCACAGCAGUAGUCCCCUCUUGCACACCUGGCCCAGGGAAGAGCCCAGCUCCAGCCAGUGGUGGGCCGAGGGCGGCAGGCGUGAGCGGCUGUACCAGGACCGGCGGGGAGGUUUGCACGUGGCCCACCAGCCCCCUGGCUACACCGAUGACCAUGAUGACAGCCACCCCAGUGAGUCCCUCUCAGACCAUGACCACCGCCUCCGCCGCCACAGUGGAGAUGCUGGAAGGCCGUCUGCCCGCCCCUGGACCAGCUCAGGGUCAGAGUCAGCAUACGAGACCAUCAGAGAGAGACAUCGCCACGUGGACGAGGCUCUGGCAUCCAGCUUUGAAUUUUAUUCCACAUCUCCAAGGGACGCUCGCCUGCUUGGUUAUGUCUCCAGUGAGGCUCAGGAGGAGGAGGAGCAGCAGAGCAUGGAAUCUCCCAUCCCAACCCUGAGCCCAGCUGCUCGUGAGCCAGCAUCACACUCCAAUAUUCUGAGGCACCCUUGGCACCAGCAGAAACAGCAGCAUUAUCAUCAGCAUCAGGAGCAGCAGCAGCAGGAAGAACAGCAACAACAAGAACAGCAGACAGAGAGCCAAAACUCCUCUCCAUCAAGCCGCACAGAUGCUCAGGACGUGAGCAGCCAGAUCUCCUUCAUUCAGCACCAGAAGCAGAAGUAUGUCCGGAAGAUCCAGCGGCACAUCCAGACUCUUGAAAAACUGGAGAGGGCCUUGCUGGAUCAGCUUGGAGACAGCAUUGGCUCCGAAGGAACAUUCAGGCAGAAGGUUACCGAGGGACGCUCUCACUCUGGACUGGACACCAGCGACAAUGCUCACACCCGUAACAUGGACCACUCUGACACAACAACGAGUAGCAUCAAGUCCAGUGAGGAGAGCGUGGGAGCAGCGAAGAAGCAAAAAAACCUGACUCACAACCUCGGGGCGGAGAGUUUAAGGAGCAGUCACCUUUCAGGCCAAGAAAGUCUUUCCUUGUCCAAUGAUGGGAAUGGGCAGGAUGCAAGGUUAUCCUUUGGGCCUUCGGGGACUGGCCAGUCAUACUCGUCUUCACCGAGAAUAAACAUCAGCCAACUAAGCUCUGACAUGAAUAGUUCCAGAGCCUCCACUAUGAGGCAGAUAGAGGAGGAGGUUAGGAAGUUAGCCACUGCGGAGGAGCAGUCCCGAAAGGUUGCGUUGAGACCUCAUUCCAGUUCCUGCUCCCGAGGCUCACUCAUGCGCCACAGGAGGAGCCAGCACAGGGAAGAACCUGGGAGAGAGGAGGGCACUGCAUGGUCUGGAUUUGUCAGCCAAAGUGUUCGAGGCAACACCCCAGAAAGUACUGCAUUAGAUGGGAGGAUGACCUUUAGAGCAAGUGAAGCUUCAGCUACCAGAAGAGUACCAGCAGGCAGCAGCAGCUCUGAAUUACCAUCUGCACAAGCUCUUCCAAUCUCUGAAGAAAGUUCAAUUGACCUGCCUGCUUCAGAAAGUCAGAUAUCAAGACAAGGUGAUGGCAGGGAAUCAAAGGAUAAAAACCAGAGUGGAAAAGCUGGGGGAGUCCCAGCUGCAAGUAGUAAAGCUUUGACUUUUAAGCCGCCAUCAUCAGCUUCAGGAGUCAGUACCUCAGGAGUGCCCAGUGCCAACUCAAAUACUAUUCUGUCUAGAGACUUUGGGCAAAUGUUUCCCAGCAGUGAGUGCAUCAUGCUAGGAAGUGGAGGAAGGAGUGAAAGUGUUGGGGUUCAGACCAGUGAUUCACUCCUGUACUCAAGGAAGAGUUCCAAGAAAAGAGAUGACAGCAUGUCGGUCAGCACGAGUGAUAAGGACAGCACAGCCGAAUCAGUGAGAAAUAACAAGACUCGGAACAGAGGAAAACAUGCCUCUGAAAGUAAUGGAGAUGUUGAUAAUUCUAAGAAACACUUGGGAAAAUCUGGUCACAAGAGAACUUCAGACAUGAGAAAGCCUUCCUCAAGCAGGAGACAUUUCCAAGAGGAGACACCAAAGCGUGAUGAAGUUCACAAAGAAAAGGAAUCAGUUAAGGAAAGAAGCAAAAAAAGGGAAGCAAAAUCUAAAGCACUCAAGGAGGCAAGCAAUAAUAAUGAAAAAAUUAUUGAUAAGUCAUCAAAAAGAGGAAUUGUAAAGAAUAAAUAUUUACCUCAGAAAGAUCUCAAAAUAGUGCCCAAGUCAGGAAGAAAGGGAACUGCUGGAUCAGAGAACAGGGCACCUGUCUCUAGUGAUAAAGGCAGUGGCCCAGAGGAAAGGGAGUCAUUGUCUAGACCAGCAUCAGAGAGUGAGGACAGGACCAUAACUAGUGGCUCUUCCUUUUCUCGUUCAGUACAGAGUAUUAGCCACAUAUCCUCUGAACAUAGUAGAAUAUCAUCAGACAAGGGAGAAUCAACAGAAAAUGAAGCGAGACAAAGCCAAUGUAGUGAGGGAGACAACUCCUCUACAGAGUGCUCUAAAGAGCUUGAACAUCACUCACAGCCUGAUACGCUGAGUAGCACGAAUGAAGACUCCACCAGUCAGGGUUACCAAAGCCCAGCAAGAACACAGCAUAUUGCCAGUGAUGUUCAGUCCAACAUGGAGGAGGCUGCUCAGGGCCUGAAAGGGGGAUGUGAAGAUUAUUUAAUCCCAAAGGCACCAACACUGUUGUUGAUAUCCCCUCCAGAGCAGAAUGGUGUGUCCAAACAGAUAACUAGAUCUGCAGGUAAUGGCCUUUCAAAACACAAAUUAGCUAAUGCCAUCAUUCCAUCUCUGAAGAGUAAAAGGGAGAACCUUAAAAAUAAAUCAAAGUCGGCUCAGCACUGCUUGGAAGAGGAGAGACAUCCUGUUAUUGCCAUCCAAGGCUCUGACUCACAAAGGCAAGAACUACAAAAGUCUGGGACACUGAAGGUUGCAUGGAUGGAAGAUAAAGAAAGAGAAAGUGCCCCCAAAAAGAAGCCCCCAGUCAGAUUUGAAGUAAAUUUUUCCAGUCAGGAGAAUUUCAGUCCUAGAAAAUCAAAGUUUCCAACCACCACCACCACCACCACCACCAUCUCCACCACCACUAUCAUGCAAGAGGAACUUACUCACAGCACCAAGGCCAUUUCACUUCAGGAAGCUCUGGCAAGGGCUCGUCCAGAUUACUUGCGAGAGGCUGGUGACCGCAGUGCUUUGAUUCGACUAAAGCGUGAAAUGCGUCAGAUAGCCCAGACUCAAAAUCACAAUGUGUUGGCACAGAUACCUCCAAACCUACAGACCCCCUCCACUCUGCAGCGUUUCCUGUACAAGCCAGACUUGGGACCACUGUUCUCCUACAAGGAUAUUAGGCAACAGAACCAGAGGCUUUAUAGUUUGCUCCCUGAGGCCAGAGCACCGGGAGCCGAGCAGCACCAGGUGGCAGUUCUCCGCACCAACAGGCUCCUAGCUAGUCUGUAUAGCCAGCGGCUGAGGAAGAAGGUGGUGAAGGGUCAGGUGUCCCACGCCCACAAGGAGGUGGUGACUCCCCUUGUGCAUCGCGUCCGUCACCAGUGAAACGCCUCACCUUCAAUGCUAAGUCUUCCAUCUCAAGAAGGAUAGCAAACACUUUUGCCUAUAGGGCUUAAAAAUUCAAUUGUUUGAUAUUUAUUUAAGUAUUUUUUCUUAUCUAUUGUUAUAUCAACAAGCAUAUAACUUUCAAGCAAUAAGAGUUACAGCUUUACUGGCAAAGAGUUCUUCCAAAGACCUUCAAAUUUAUUACUAAUGCAUUCUUUUGCACUGCUUUACUAAAUCAAGAGUCUGUACACUAAAUAUUUCAGAAAUAUUUGUUGCAUACACACAAGCAUUUAAAAUGUGUACGUGAAAAUAAUGCCACUGGCAGGCGAGGCUCAGCUGUAAGUCCCGUCUCCUGGCGAUAACAUGAGCCUCUCAACUAGUGUGGCUUCCUUCACAGCUGUUUUAUUGGAAAUCUAUGGGAGGAUUGAUUUUAUUUAUUAGGUUUAAUUUAAAAAUGACAUUGCCUAAUCAUAAAGAGGCUAUAGCAUUUAGCUCAUUUACCUAUCAUUUUUUUUCUUUUUUCUGAUAACCUUGUGUGCCCCUCAAUCGGUCCGGUGGAACAUUCUACACAUGCCAGUGAUCAGUGACUUUUUGUGCAGUUCAUUUCAACCUAUUGCUUUCAAAGCUGAUCUAAAUAGCUUCCAGGUUUUAGAAGUCAAAGGUAUGCAUACUAUGGUGAGAAUAUAUUUUGAUACUUUUAUACAUAUAUUUGUAGUUUUACACCUUCAGUCAUUAAAUGUUGUAUGGUGUAAGUUA